ACAUCUCCAGUGCUCUAGAUCACAUCCACAUCCUCCCACCACACCGCCAUGCUUUGCGCGAUAUCUGGAGUAGCUCCCCAGGAGCCGGUCGCCUCGCGCAAGAGCGGCAAUGUCUUCGAGAAGCGCCUCAUUGAAGCACAUAUUGCAGAACAUCACACGGAUCCCGUCACCGGCGAAGAUCUCAAUGUCGACGAACUGAUUGAGCUUAAGUCCCCAAGAAUUGUCGCUCCCAGACCUCCGCACCUCACCUCGAUACCCGCCCUUCUCACCGCUUUCCAAACGGAAUGGGACGCCCUCAUGCUGGAGACCUUCACGCUGAAGCAACAGCUCGCGCAAACAAGACAAGAGCUCAGCACGGCUUUGUACCAGAACGAUGCAGCAACGCGAGUAAUAGCGAGGUUGACGCAAGAGCGGGAUGAAGCGCGGAAAGCCCUUUCAAAUCUGACUGUGACGGCACCUGCCACCGAGGAAGCGAUGCAGGUGGAUGGACAGGCGCUGCCUGAGCAUCUCGUCGCCAAGGUGGAUGAGACACAGCAACAGUUGUUCUCGACUCGACGGAAGCGGCCAAUUCCGGAAGGCUGGGCUACCGGCGAGGAUAUUGCUGGUUUCGAGGUAACGAGCCAAGCUGAAGCCAUUUACCCUGGUAGCGCGACUAUCUCGGUGGACGAGUCUGGGGAUUUGGCACUAUUUGGUGGGAAGGACGGGGUCGCUGGCGUUUACUCCAUUUCCCAGCAGAAGCUCCUGUAUACACUCCAGGCUGAAAGCGCGGUAACAGAUACCUUGUGGUGGGACUCCCGUGCAGUCGUUGCGACGGCUUCCGGAACUAUCAAGAUUUUCGAAGGUGGGAAUGAAGUUCACUCAAAAGCUGCGCAUCCUGGAGCAGUUACCUCCCUGGCUCUUCACCCCAGCAAGGCCAUCCUGGCCUCCACCGGUGUGGACAAGCGGUUCAUCUUCCACGACCUCUCCAACUUUGAGGUUGUCUCGCAAGUGUACACAGAGGCCGACAUCGCGUGUUCGGCAUUCCAUGUGGAUGGCCUCCUGUUCUUCACUGGCAGCACAGAUGGCAACAUCCGCAUCUUCGACGUCAAGACCGGCGGCAGCAUGGCUGUUUUGGAGGCGGGUGGCCCAGUCUGCAGCGUAUCAUUCUCAGAAAACGGUACCUGGUUUGCGUCGGCACAGAAGGGUUCGAGCAACGUCACUGUCUGGGACUUGCGCAAGCAGCAACCAGUUAAGGUGCUGGAUGUUGGUGGGCCGGUCGAUCGCUUACACUGGGACUACACCGGCCAGUUCCUCGCCACUGCAGGACCUGGAGGAAUUGCCGUGCAGCAAUACACCAAGGCAUCAAAGAGCUGGUCGGAGCCGAUUCGAAAGGCAGUACCCGCGAGAGAUGUUGCCUGGGCUACAAAGGCGUCGUCACUGGUUGCAUUGACGCCAGAAGGCGGCUUGACUGUUCUGGGAGCGGCUUGAAGAUUCUAGCUGCUAUGGCUCAAGCGAAUCUGGAGGCAGUCAAAGCCGUGCGAUUUUGCGAGGAAGUGAGCAUUUAUUUGGAGUUGAAGACGAUGUACGUACUUGGCGCUUCUGGACUACGAAGCGGCCGGGUGACCAUGGAGGACUGAUCAUUGAUCAUUGGAAUAUGUGUAAUAUGGUUGGGAACGUUUUACAGUGAACACGUACGAGUCCUAUCUUGUCACGAGCUAUUCGGAGCACAAUAAACUCUUGGAAUGCACUGACACGUUUCUUGUGAAUGUGAGGCGAAAACGGACUUGCGGG